AUGGCAGACAAAGGUAUAUUUGGGUUAACUAAAGGUUUAGCAUCAACUUUAAUUGGUUAUUCAUUACAAGGUUUUGAAAAAUUUGCCUUUUAUGGAAUCUUUAAAACUUUUUAUGGUGAAAUAUUUGGCAAAGAAAAUGCUCAUGUCCAUCGAACAAUAAUUUAUCUAUUAGCAAGUGCUUCACCAGAACUAUUUGCUGAUAUUGCCUUAGCGCCAUGGCAAGCAAUAAAAGUACGAGUUCAAAAACAAGAUAAUUCGGCAUCAACUUUAAGACAAAGUUUACCGAAAUUUUACGAUGAAGAAAGAAUACGGGGCUUUUAUAAAGGUCUUGUACCAUUAUGGUUUUGA